GCUCCUCCUGCUCAGGAGCUGCGGCACUUUUCUCCUCGCCUGGGGCAGCUCCCUUCCGUAGAGCCAGCCUAGAAGAGAGGUGGCCUCUCUGCCCUGGAGCGAGGAAAAGGAAGGAAGGGAAGAGGGAAGAAGGGGGAGUGCGACGGCACCCCGGAGACAAGCCCCAGGAGCCCUGGACUAGAGCAGGAGACGGAACUCCUUUAUCCCAUCGAUUCCAGAGCACGUUGGUCAACAUGGAGGGCGCCAACGAGGUGGCCCUCACGUCCUUCAUCAUGGACGAGGAGGAGCUGAAGAGGAAGCAGCGGGAGAAGCUGAAGAAGCUGCAAGCCACAGGUGGGAACCCCCGGCCCGCCCGCUCCCUCUUCGUCUUCACGCUAAGGAACCGCUUCCGCAGGACCUGCAUCAACAUCGUGGAAUGGAAGCCCUUUGAGAUCAUCAUCCUGUUGACCAUCUUCGCCAACUGCGUGGCGCUCGCGGUCUUCCUGCCCAUGCCUGAGGAGGACUCCAACAGCAGGAACUCCCAACUGGAGAGUCUCGAAUCCAUCUUCUUGAUCAUCUUCACGCUAGAAUGCUUCCUCAAGAUCGUAGCCUAUGGCUUCCUGUUCCAUGAAGGUGCUUAUUUACGAAACUGCUGGAACAUACUGGACUUUGUCAUCGUGUUCAUGGGGCUUUUCACGUUUAGCUUGGACACCAUCAACAGAAUAGCUGGGACCCCAACAGAGAAGGGUGGUGGCUUCGACAUGAAGGCCUUGAGAGCCUUCCGAGUCCUGCGACCGCUGCGCCUAGUCUCUGGGGUCCCCAGCCUGCAGGUGGUGAUGAGCUCCAUCCUCAUGUCCAUGCUCCCACUGAUGCACGUCGCCCUGCUAGUGUUUUUCAUGGUCACUAUCUAUGCCAUUGUGGGCCUCGAGCUCUUCAAAUGCAAGAUGCAUAAGACCUGCUACUAUAUAGGCACAGACAUCAUCGCCACAGCGGAAAAUGAAAAGGCCUCUCCCUGUGCCCAGGCGGGUCAUGGGCGCCGCUGCACCAUCAAUGGCUCGGAGUGCCACCCCGGGUGGCCCGGGCCCAACCACGGCAUCACUCACUUCGACAACCUGGGCUUCGCCAUGCUCACAGUGUUCCAGUGCAUUAGCAUGGAGGGCUGGACAGAAGUGCUCUACUGGGUGAACGAUGCCAUAGGUAAUGAGUGGCCCUGGUUGUACUUCACCACACUGAUCCUACUGGGGUCCUUCUUCAUCCUCAACCUUGUUCUUGGUGUGCUCUGCGGAGAGUUCACGAAGGAGCGAGAGAAGGCCAAGUCACGCGGCGAGUUUCAGAAGCUACGCGAGCGGCAGCAGCUGGACGAGGACCUCAAGGGCUACAUGGACUGGAUCACCCAUGCUGAGAUCAUGGACAACGACCAAGAGCGUAAAGGACUCCUGCCACUAGAGGAGGGUGGCUCAGAAACUGAGAGCUUCUAUGAAAUGGAAGGCACGAACCGCAUUGUUUACUACUUCCGCCAGUGGCGCCGUUGGAACCGAUUCUUUCGGCGGAAGUGUCGCGCCUGGGUCAAGUCGGACACCUUCUACUGGCUGGUGAUCCUGCUGGUGUUCCUCAACACUUUGGCCAUUGCCACAGAGCACCACAACCAGUCAGAAACGCUCACUGAAGUGCAAGAGACUGCCAACAAGGUGCUGCUCUCACUGUUUGCGAUAGAGAUGUUCAUCAAGAUGUAUGCUCUUGGCCUUCCCUCCUACUUCAUGUCCCUGUUCAACCGCUUUGACUGCUUUGUGGUGACCAUCGGCAUCCUGGAACUGGUGCUCGUGAGGAUGGACGUCAUGACACCACUCGGGAUUUCUGUGCUACGUUGCAUUCGCCUGCUUCGCCUCUUCAAGAUCACUAAGUACUGGAAGUCCUUGAGCAACUUGGUGGCCUCUCUGCUCAACUCGGUGCGCUCCAUCGCCUCAUUGCUGCUGCUGGUCUUCCUCUUCAUCGUCAUCUUCUCCCUGCUGGGCAUGCAGGUGUUUGGGGGCAAGUUCAACUUCCCCGAUCAGGUGCAGCGUAGCAACUUUGACAAUUUCCCCCAGGCACUCAUCACUGUCUUUCAGAUCCUUACCGGCGAGGAUUGGGAUUCUGUAAUGUAUAAUGGUAUCAUGGCCCAUGGAGGUCCUGUUUUCCCUGGGAUCCUGGUCAGCAUAUAUUUCAUCAUCCUCUAUGUCUGCGGUAACUUCAUCCUCCUGAAUGUGUUCCUGGCCAUUGCCGUGGACAACCUGGCAGAGGCAGAGAGCCUGACUUCAGCCCAGAAGGAGAAGGCUGAGGAGAAGAAGCGCAAGAAGAUGCUGAGGGCCAAUGUGCCAGACAAGUCUGAGGAGGAGAGGGCGCUGCUGGCCAAAAAGCUGGCAGAGCAGAGGGCUAAGGCGGAGGGCAUGCCCACCACAGCCAAGCUCAAAGUGGACGAGUUCGAAUCUAACGUCAAUGAAGUCAAGGAUCCUUUUCCGCCUGCAGAUUUCCCAGGUGAUGAUGAGGAGGAGGAGCCUGAGAUCCCACUGAGUCCAAGGCCCCGUCCCAUGGCAGAUCUGCAGCUAAAGGAGAAGGCAGUACCCAUGCCAGAGGCCAGCGCCUUCUUCAUCUUUGGACCGCAGAACAAGCUCCGCAAACUGUGUCACCGGAUUGUCAACGCCACCACCUUCACCAACUUCAUCCUCCUCUUCAUCCUGCUCAGCAGCAUCUCCCUGGCAGCUGAGGACCCCAUUGAUCCGAAGUCCUUCAGGAACGAGAUCUUGGCUUAUGCGGAUAUUGUGUUCACAUCUGUGUUCACCAUUGAAAUUGUACUCAAGAUGAUCACAUAUGGUGCCAUCCUGCACAAGGGAUCCUUCUGCCGCAACUCGUUCAACAUCCUGGACCUGCUUGUGGUCGGCGUGUCUCUGCUUUCCAUGGGAAUGGAAUCUAGUGCCAUUUCAGUAGUGAAGAUUCUCAGGGUGCUGAGAGUGCUGAGACCUCUCCGAGCGAUCAAUCGUGCUAAGGGGCUGAAGCAUGUGGUCCAAUGUGUGUUCGUGGCAAUCAAGACCAUCGGCAACAUCAUUCUGGUCACCCUACUGCUGGACUUUAUGUUCGCUUGCAUUGGAGUCCAGCUCUUUAAGGGCACAUUCCACAUGUGCACAGACCCCACGAAAACAGCUGCAGCAGACUGCCAAGGAACCUUCAUCGCUUAUAAGGAGAACACAUUGCAUCCUGUGGAAGUGCAGCAUCGGCAGUGGGUCAACAACGACUUUAAUUUUGACAAUGUCCCCAAUGCCAUGUUGGCCCUCUUCACGGUUUCCACAUUUGAGGGCUGGCCCAAGCUGCUGUACAAGGCCAUCGACUCAGAUGCUCCCAACAUGGGCCCGAUCUUCAAUAACCGUGUGGAAAUCUCUGUCUUCUUCAUUAUUUACAUCAUCCUCAUUGCCUUCUUCAUGAUGAACAUCUUUGUAGGCUUUGUUAUCGUCACCUUCCAGGAGCAAGGAGAACAGGAAUACAAGGACUGUGAGCUCAACAAGAACCAGCGCCAAUGUGUUCAGUAUGCCCUGAAAGCUCGGCCACUGCGGUGCUACAUCCCCAAAAACCCAUACCAAUACCAGGUGUGGUACGUGGUCACAUCCUGCUAUUUUGAAUACCUCAUGUUCCUGCUCAUCAUGCUCAACACACUGUGUUUGGGAAUGCAGCACUGUAACCAGUCGGAACACAUCACAAAACUCUCAAACACACUGAACGUGGUCUUCACCGUGCUCUUCACUGUGGAAAUGAUCCUCAAGCUUAUGGCCUUCAAAGCUAAGGGCUACUUUGGAGAUCCCUGGAAUGUGUUUGACUUCCUCAUUGUAGUCGGGAGCAUUGUGGAUGUCAUCCUCAGCGAGGUUGAUAAUGCCCUCACUGCUAGUGGUGGACUCUACUGCCUCCAUGGCUGCGAUGAGCAAAAUCCCAUGCAAGCUAUAGCAGAUGCAGAGAACUUGAGUGUGUCCAUCACCUUCUUCCGACUGUUCCGUGUGAUGCGUCUGGUGAAGCUGCUUAACCGAUCAGAGGGUAUUCGCAAUCUGCUGUGGACCUUCAUCAAGUCCUUCCAGGCCUUCCCGUAUGUGGCACUCCUCAUCAUCAUGCUCUUCUUCAUCUACGCUGUCAUUGGGAUGCAGGUAUUUGGCAAGAUUGCCCUAGAAGACGGCACACAGAUCAACCGCAACAACAACUUCCAAACAUUCCCACAGGCUGUCCUCAUACUGUUCCGGGUUGCCACAGGGGAGGCAUGGCAGGAAGUCAUGCUGGCCUCUAUGUAUGGGAAGAAGUGCGACCCAAAUUCGAAGUUCGGUGAGGGCGAGGAGUAUACAUGUGGUUCCAACUUUGCUGUCUUCUACUUCCUGAGCUUCUACAUGCUCUGCGCUUUCCUGAUCAUUAACCUGUUUGUAGCAGUUAUCAUGGACAAUUUUGACUAUCUGACCCGUGAUUGGUCAAUCCUUGGUCCACAUCACCUAGAUGAGUUUAAGAAAAUCUGGGCAGAGUACGACCCUGAAGCCACGGGGCGCAUCAAGCAUCUAGAUGUGGUGACUCUGCUGCGGAGAAUCCAGCCACCUCUGGGCUUUGGAAAGUUCUGCCCUCACCGUUCAGCAUGCAAGCGCCUCAUCUCGAUGAACAUGCCAAUGAACAGCGAUGGAACAGUGACCUUUAAUGCCACCCUGUUUGCCCUGGUCAGAACAGAUCUGAAGAUCAAGACUGAAGGUAACUUUGAGCAGGCCAAUGAGGAACUGCGAGCCAUCAUCAAGAAGAUCUGGAAACGGACAAGUAUGAAGCUGCUGGACCAGGUCAUUCCCCCUAUUGGAGAUGACGAAGUGACCAUAGGCAAGUUCUAUGCCACCUUCAUCAUCCAGGAGCAUUUCCGAAAGUUCAUGAAGAGGCAGGAGGAGUACUAUGGGUAUCGACCCACCAGGAAACGGGCUGAGGAGAUCCAGGCAGGUCUGCGCAGCAUUGAAGAAGAGGCAGCACCAGAGCUCCAUAGGGCCAUCUCUGGAGACCUGAUGGUGGAGGAAGAGCUGGAUCAAGGCAUGGAGGGAGGAGAGGAGGGCAUCUACAGGCGGACAGGCGGCCUCUUUGGGGAUCAAAUAGACACCUUCCGCACUGAACCAAGCAGCCCUCUCCCAACGCAGGUCACCAGUCAGCGCCCCCUGCAGUUCACCGAGAGCCGGCCCGAGGAUGUGGAAUCUCCGCCGGACUCGGUCUUCCUGCCCAACACAGAGUUUUUUCCCAUGGUGCCGACAAACACCAACACCAAUAACAAUGCCAGUGAAAGGUUCAUGUAUGAACAGCAGACAGGAGACCAAAGCAUGACCCGUAGAGAGACUUCUGGAGAGACCAGCAGCCAGUUCAGAGAAGACAUACAACCAUGUUCAACAGGAAAAUCUUUGGUCCUCCACAAGGAGAACACACCCCUGAAGAAGAGUCAAGAUGGGCCCUUCUCAGAGAUCACAGUUAGGACGGAUAUCACUCAGUUUCCUUUCAGGUUUAGCCUGGGUAACUUCCAGUACUCCAUGGGACAGGGCCCCACUGGAGCAGCAGACCAGCUCAUCCGGGAGGUCCUAGUGCAACAGGGUCUCCAGGAUUUGGCACAGGAUGCUCGCUUUGUGACCGUUACCCGGAUGGAAAUGGCCGAAGCGCUGUGUCUCGACCCAGCAGCCGUGGAGGAGGCGGCCAUGGUCAUCCUCAAUGGGCGAAAGGGCCAUGUGGUCCAGCGGAAGUCCCCCCCACCUCAGGCUGAGCUACUGGAGCCCCACGUGGCCAACACGCCCCUCUAGUCCUGGUUACCACGACUCCUCAUUUGCAAUCGACUGUGACAUCACACGCAGAGGAGGGUUUUGUGGAUGACAUCACAGAGUUGGAAGGCCUCACUGUUGGCUGUGUAAGGGGGUGGGGGGGUAAGGGGUAGGGGGUGGGGGGUGCUGGUGUUCCAAAGCUAAGUUGCAGAGCACAGCUGUAUCUCUGAACUUCACAGCAGUUGUUUUUAUCAAGAAAAAAAUCCUCUCCAAGAAAAUUUGAAAAGAAAUAAACGGGUACAUUUCUGAGGAAAAAUGUCGACGAAGCCAUACCUUAAAAUAAACCGUAUUAAUUUUAAACAGGUAGCCCACUUUAUUCAAAGACUAAGUGAACAACCGGGCAGCCAGCAGAGGCCACUAGGUGCCACCAAGGGAGUUUUUUUCCCCUUUCAGAUGGCAAUUUGGAAUCCAUUAGUUAGAGGCCUGCAGCAACGGCGAAGGGUGAAAAGCCUCAUGGG